AUGACUCAUACAAAUCAUACUUGGACCCUCAAUUUCAUCCUUGCUGGCUUCACUACCACUGAGCCUCUGAGAACACUUGCCUUCCUGGGGACUCUGUGCAUCUAUCUCCUCACACUGGCAGGGAACCUGUUCAUCAUUGUGCUGGUUCGAGCCGAUUCUGGACUGUCCACACCCAUGUACUUCUUCAUCAGUGUCCUCUCCUUCUUGGAGCUCUGGUAUGUCAGCACCACGGUGAUCACACUGUUGCAUACUUUGCUCCAUGGACCUUCCAUCAUCCCAUCUGCUGUCUGCUUCAUCCAGUUGUAUGUUUUCCACUCCUUGGGCAUGACUGAGUGCUACUUGCUGGGUGUCAUGGCACUGGACCGCUAUCUGGCCAUCUGCCGCCCGCUCCACUACCAUGCGCUCAUGAGCAGACAGGUACAGGUAAGGCUAGCAGGAGCCACUUGGGUAGCUGGCUUCUCGGCAGCAGUUGUGCCAGCCAGCCUCACAGCCACUCUUCCCUUCUGCUUGGAGGAGGUGGCUCACUACUUUUGUGACUUGGCACCAUUAAUGCGUCUGGCAUGUGUGGACACAAGCUGGCAUGCUCGGGUUCAUGGAACAGUGAUUGGUGUGGCCACUGGGUGCAAUUUUGUGCUCAUUUUGGGACUCUAUGGUAAUAUCCUGAAAGCUGUGGUGAAACUGCCCUCAGCUGCUAGUCGUGCCAAAGCCUUCUCUACCUGUUCUUCUCAUAUGACUGUAGUCGCACUGUUUUAUGGCUCUGCCUUCACAGUGUAUGUGGGUUCACCGGGGAGCCAAGCUGAGGGUACAGACAAGCUCAUUGCCUUGGUGUAUGCUUUACUUACUCCUUUUCUCAAUCCCAUUAUCUAUACCCUUCGCAACAAGGAAGUGAAGCAGGCUGUGAAGAGGGUAACUGAUAGAGUCAAGAAUAUUGUGCGAAGAACUUGA